CUUCUUUCCUUUCCUUUACACAUUUUCACCUUGUCUAACACGAUUGUUAUUGUUAUCAUCACAUUUCCGACAGCGCCAACACAGUUCUCAUUUCGCCUUUUCUUUUUAUUUGUUUUGUCAUAUUUUAAAUUUCUUUUUUUUUGUCGUAUUCCUUUCUUCUUCCUUUUUUUUUCUUCGGUUGUAUCAUGGUAGAAUCACAAGCUUGCAAGGACCUUGCGGCCGCACGCGCAAAGACUUCCUUCCCUAUCAUCGAGCUCACUCGUUAUAUCUAUGGAUCGGAUGAGGAAAUUGCUCGGCGCCGAAAAAUUGCUAAUAUAGUGCUUAAUGAUCCCGUCUUUAGCUUUGAUCGCAGAGUUGGCCUGAGCCGAGUCGAGGAUGUGAAGACGGGUCUAGCCAUGAGUCUUCGUCUGUAUCAAUUGAGAGAAGAGCACAAGUUUACUCACGAGGAAUUCCGAAUGUGCCUCGAUUUCAUAGAUGACUACCUUCCGGUAGGUCUUCAUGAAACAGCCUUCAUUCCCGCUAUCUACGCUCAAGGAACGGACGAGCAAGCAAAAUAUUGGGGACCUCUGGCAGAGAAGCAUCAGAUCAUCGGCUGCUAUGCACAGACUGAACUAGGCCAUGGCAGUAAUCUCUCUGGGCUCGAGACAACAGCCACUUUCAACAAAGAUACGGACGAAUGGAUUAUUCAUAGUACUACGUUUACUGCAUCCAAGUGGUGGAUUGGUGGUCUAGGCGUCAUUGCAACCCAUGCAUUUAUCCAGGCGCGUCUCAUCAUUGACGGCAAGGAUUAUGGACCUCAUGGAUUUAUUGUUCCUAUUCGCUCGCUCAAAGAUCAUCGUCCCUUCCCCGGUGUGAAAGCUGGGGACAUUGGUCCCAAAGCAUAUGGCGGCUUUUCAAAAAUCGAUAACGGCUAUGUCCUCUUUGAUCAUCAUCCUAUUCCAAGAGAGAAUAUGCUCAUGCGAUUUGCCAAGGUCAGCAGAGAUGGUCAGUAUACCAGGCCUCCUCACAGCAAGCUCUCUUAUGGAUCAAUGAUUUUACUCCGGUCUGGAAUGGUCCGCGAGGCAUCCAUGGUGCUAGGACGUGCGACAACUAUCGCGACCCGCUACUCUACAGUCCGCCGUCAGUUCCAUGUACCAACCAGUCGAAAGGAUAUCGACAAUCCUAAGCUGGAAACUCAGGUGAUCAAUUACCCCAUGGUACAGGCUCGCUUAUUCCCCAUGAUUGCUCAAGCCUACGCUAUCCUGGCUGCUGGAAAGAAAAUGCAAGUCAUGUACAAAAGCAUGCUUUCAGAGCUUAUGGUUGGCGAUAUCUCAUCUCUCGCCGAAGUGCAUUCUAUUAGUUCAGGAUUAAAGAGUACCUGUUCUACAAUAGCGGCUACUGGAAUAGAAGACUGCAGAAAAUUGAUGGGUGGACAUGGGUUCUCGUAUUUCAGUGGAAUCCCGCAUAUUUGGUCUUCUUAUGUGCCCUCCAAUACUUAUGAGGGAGAUAAUUUUCUGUUGACGCAGCAGUCUGCAAGGUACUUAAUGAAGCAACUCAAGACCGCGACUACAGAGCCUGAAAAGCUGACCUCUUUCUCAAAGUACUUGCUCAGGGCGCUCGAUCAAGACGCACUCCAAAGUGAGCGAUGCUCAGUCCAGGAUGCCUCGGACUGGCUCAAGCCUGAGGUCCAAUUGGCUGCUUUUGAGCACCGUGCCGGACGGCUGGUAUCAACCCUUGCUUUGGCUGCUUCGCAGGAAAAUGUCAUCUGGAGUGACCUCAACAUUGAAUGCUGGCGGUUAAACCAUGCCCAAUCGGAGUAUGUGAUAGCAAGCUGUGCAAUAGAGAGUUUGUCUCUGGCCAAGGAUGAGGAUAUGUCUUCUGGAACAAUGCAUGUGUUGAAACGUCUCUCUGAUCUCUUUGCACUGCAUACAAUCCAUACGUCCUUGAGUGAUUAUCUGGAAGAUUAUUAUAUUUCACCAAAUCAAUGCCAAUUACUUCGUCAGCAGAUCAAGAGCCUAUUAACUGCAUUAGCAGAUGACGUAGUUGGCUUGGUGGAUGCGUUUGAUUUCCCAGAUCAGCUUCUGAACAGCGCCUUGGGAAGUUAUGAUGGAGAUGCUUACCAACGCCUUUGGGAUACUGCUCAGAAGCAGAAGAUUAAUCAGACAGAGGUCGUUGACGGAUACAAAGAAUACAUUGUUCCAAUUUUGACCCAGUACGGAGUAGCUAAGCUUUAG